AUGAGCAUGAAUAAAUUAGAACUUGGCUAUAAACACCCUAGUCAAACACUGUCGGGAUCAAUUAAAUACAUUCACAUUCAAUUAGAGAACCAGAGUUCAUUGGAUUUAAUGUUCUCAAUUGCACUACCAUGUCCACAAUUAGCGGAAUUAUUUGUGAAUGUUAGGAAUAUGAUGAAUGUCUCAUUGAACCUCGAGGUACCCAGUAAAUGUCUUGACCAUAGUCAAUGCCUUGUUCCCGAACUUGAGUUAGUUGUGCCUCCAAUGACUAAUUUAGAUGAAGAUAUGGAUUUAACUGCUGACAAUAGGUUUAUAGACCUCAAGACAACAAUAGAUGAUGAGUUUGAUGAAUUAGACCUCGAGGGUGAACAUGAUAUCUAUUCUCAAACAUUUAAUGACAUGGUUAAUAAUAUUGCAGAACACGAUUCUAUUUUUCAACCUGUGGCUGCUAAAAAUGAAAUGUUGUACAAGGGGUUCAGGUGUAGCGAUAAAGAAACUAUGCAACAUAUCGUCAAACAUUUUGUUGUGAACAAUCACCACACUUACGAAGUUAUAGAGUCGGUACCAUCUAAAUGGGUAAUUAGAUGUAAGAAGUGGCAAGAUGGAUGCAAAUGGCGACUUCGUGCGAUUCUUAAUAAAUCUUAUGAUGUAUGGGAAAUUACGAAGUACGUAGACCAACAUUCUUGUGUGUACUCAGAAUUCAAUCAAAGUCAUUCUCAAUUGGAUUCGAAUAUGAUAAGUAGAGAAUUAUGUGAUGCAGUGAGAGAUAAUCCUUCUACAAGUAUUUCGACACUUCAAGAUUUGAUAAAGGAAAAGUUUGGUUAUCAUAUUCCAUAUAGGAGGGUUUGGGAAGGAAAAACAAAAGCUUUGGCUCGUAUUUUUGGUGAUUGGGAUGAAUUAGAUCAAUGUUUGCCAAAGUGGAUGUACACGGUGAAACACACUAAUCCAAGGACAAUUGUAGAAUGGAAAAUAAGGGAUUAUGGAAAACCAGGUAAUGGCAUUCUCCAUUCUGUAUUGUGGUCAUUCAGUCCUUGCAAUGCAGCCUUUCAAAAGUUUCGACCCAUGAUUCAAAUAUAUGGUACUCACCUAUAUGGAAAGUAUAAGGAGAAGCUAUUGAUUGCAACAUCGGUCGAUUCAAAUGAACAUUUGCUACCCUUGCCUUUGCCAUUGUAG